UUCACUGCAGCUUCAUGCUGUAAAACAAAGUUUUAAACAUCAUGCUAUCCUGAUCCAGCCUGAGAGCAGCUCAUUGUCUGAAGUUCUUGUUAAUUGGUAAAUAAACGGCCGUCCUUCAUGUCUUCUCCAAACUGUGUAGAGUUCUGAGGGACAACCUGCACCAACCUCAGAAACAUCUAAACAUGCAGCAUGUUACCUUCAGAGCCAUGCAGCGUCUGCACAGGAAAUCCUGCUGGCAGCAGCAUGGAGACAUCUUUUAGCUGGUAGCUGCAUCUGGAUGUGGUCCAGGAGGGUCCUGGCAGGUGGAAGCCCAGGGAGGGGAGCCAUCAUGGGGGAAGGGUGGAGCAUCAUGGUGGCUGGUGUUUAGUGAUGGAGGAAAGCUCAGCAGGACCAUGACUGUCUUAGUACUGACAGUUUAUAUCUUCAAACCUGCUUCCAUCUUCCAGAUUCUGAUUGGUUCUGAUUCUCCUGCAGAGAAAAUGUGUCUUUUAGCUUAAAAGUCACUAAUAGCAUUUUAUAAAACAUCUUCCUGGCUUCAGUUUCCAUUGUAAUAAUGAUGAAUUUCUAUCAUCGUCGGUUAGAGAAGGUCUCUGCAACCAGCAGUAGUCGCACCGUCUCUGAACGCUUAUUUAGGGAAAUUAGCAACUGUUGAUCCCGUUGAACCGUAAUUCUGGGUGAAACAAAGAGAACUUCACUUCAUCUGUUGCUCUAAUUUUAAUAUGAGCUUAUUUUACAUUUCUAUAAUAUUCAAAUAAGCUUAUCUUCCAGCUCCGCUGGUAGUUAAAUACCAGGAUUUCACCGCUUGCUUCUCAGUCUGCCAUGGCUCUUCGAGACUCUGGGAGGAAGGAGGACAAAAUGAAAACUCUGCAGCUGUUGAUCAUCUUCAGCCUCUUCAUCCUCACCAAGGAGUUCGAGGUGAAGACAGAUGAUCUGGAGAACUUGAGUCUAGAUGUUGGUGGAUUUCAUCUGUUCAGAGGCUUGACUGAUCUCCGCUCCAGUGAACAUCUUCUCCUCUCCUCAGGAACCAGUUUGGACCAGAAUCCUUUGAGUUUACAUGAUGGGUGUGGAAACUUCUCUGCUUGGGUCACCAGCAGUAAGCAGAACUUCGUCACCUUCUGGGCCAAAAUCAAGGAAAGGCAGACAGAAAAUGGGCUGCUAACUUCUGCUGAGACCUUAGAGAGCUGCAGACAAAACUUUAGGAUUUUGUCUGAUAAUGAAAGUAACAAUGGAAGAUUUGGGAAAAACAACCCGGUUUGCAGCUCCAGAACCUCUCAGAGAGCAGAUGAGCCCAUCGUAGAGUUUGACCAGCAGCAGAUCCUGAUGUUAGAAGAUGAUGAGGUGGUGAGAAGAGCUGCAGCUUCUCUUUAUGACAAACAUCCAACAGUUAGUUCAGUUCAGCUUGUUGGUCCCCAGCAGAGGCUUCAACAGGUCAAAGGUCAAGCCCUGGUUCUGUCAGAACACAGCAGCCUGGUUCUGGUGGGCCAUGGAGCCAGAGACCAUUCAGGAGAGAUGAGAGUAUCAGGCUACAGCUACCAAGAUGUGGCCAGGAUCAUCCAAAGCGUCUCCAGGACCAGUGACAAGAUCCAGACUACUACAGUUCUGGCCUGUGACGCCGGAUCGGACCGCCGGUUCAGAGAAGCUCUGCUGAAGAAGCUCCAUGAAGCCGGCAUUGAGACGGAGUUACACCUGUGGACCGCUGUGGUCCAGGUCACAGAGACAGGAGAGGUCAUCAGUCAGGACGUCUCUGCAGGUGGAGCCCAGUGGAGAUCUGAAGAUCAGACCAAGAAGGUGGUUCUGACUGUUGGCAGGAAGGGAGAGAUACGGAGGAAGAAGUCGGACCGCACCGGAUACCAGGUUCUCACCAAUCAAACAAAUCUUCUCGCUCCACAAAACUACAGAGAAAGCUGGCCAAAUGAACCAAAAUUAUUUAUUAACCCAAGUAUUUUUGUGGCUGUUGACCAAAACAAUGUUGAAGGUUUAGAAAAGGAUUUUAGGAUUCUUGAGGCCUUGACCUGGGGUCUGUUUCAUUUAGAACAAGAUCCAGAACUAAAGAGAUGCGAAUUCAACAACCAUGAGGGCUUGCCUUAUCAUUUUGUCUUUGGAGAUGCAACAACUAGUCGUGUUGAAGGAAACACCAUGGAGGAGAAGAUCAGACAGGUUCUUCAGAGGUGUUAUGUGAUCAACUCGGGAAGACAAAUCAGGAACGUCAUCCGUCACUAUGCAAAGGAUGGAGAAGAUGAGACCACAUACCUGAUGGUCGCUAACUGGAUAUUUGAAAUUAAUCCUGAAACGUUGUAUGUGACCCCAGCUGGAAAACGUUUGAUUGACCAGGCAGAGCUCCAGAACGUAAAGAAGCUGAUUGAUUCCCAGAAUAAGGUUAACAAAGAAAGUUACGGUAACAUACAAGGCGGAGUUGAGAAAACAGACUUAAAGAAAAAUUAUGGUCGUUUUAUCAGGAGUUUAUUUUUAGGACAGUCUGUAGCAUUAAAACAGGGGACUAAAAACUUUUUCUCUGCUUGGUAUUUCACAGCUUCAAACAUCAUAGAAUCAGUCAGAAAUUUCCGAACAUUUCCAUUAGUCCUCAUGGCUAUGGAUAUGGAGGAAAGGUACAUUGAAGGGAGGCCAGAUUUCUGGUUUAAUCAACAUUCGAUGGCAAGAGGAGGAAGCUGGAUUGAUGAAACCAGGCGAGGAUUCAGCGGCGCAGCGACGCCUUCUGAUGGAGAAAUGACCAAAGCUCAGAGAGACAACAUUGUUGAAGUACUCAAACUAGAACAUCUCGUGUUUAAGAAAUGGGAGGAAUCUCUUGGAGAAGCUAAUAAACUGAGGGAGAUGAGUAGGGUUGCCAUGCAUUAUCAUGUAUUAGAGGAUUUUCAAGGUAAAUGCUUAGAUUUCAUGAAUCAGGUGAACCCUGAAAACCCCUCUGGAGCUGAACCUUCUGCCUCUGGAAGCGGAUGAGCUGUUGGGUCUCAGGGCUUCAGUCGGUCCAGAAACAUCUUCAUCCUUUUAAAAUAUCUCUCUAACUCCAUGUCAGAUGUUCUGCAUCAUUUGCUGACGUUGUCUCUUUCCAACAUGAAAUAAAAGCUUGAAGUUU